GCAGUAGUCCUGAGUAUGUUGUAGUGUAUAUGUAGGCCUAGAUUGAUUGGGACGGUUUGUCGCUGGUCUUGGAUUACAAUGGCAGUACUGGAUAAUCACAGCUGGCAGUAUGCCCAGGCUGGAAAAACCCUGAUCAGACUCUCAGGGUUUCAUCGCAAUGAGGAUAUAAAGGCCAUCGAUGUGCUUCCCAUCCUCAAGGAGAAGGUCGCCUUUCUCUCAGGUGGCAGAGACAGACGUGGAGGUCCUGUUCUCACGUUUCCAGCUCGGAGUAACCACGACAGAAUACGAUCCGAUGACCUGCGCAGGCUCAUAGCCUACCUGGCUACUAUUCCCAGUGAGGAGGUGACCAGACAUGGCUUCACAGUCAUUGUGGACAUGCGCGGUUCUAAGUGGGACAGCAUCAAGCCUCUGCUGAAGAUCCUGCAGGAGUCUUUUCCUUCUUGUAUCCACGUUGCCCUCAUCAUCAAGCCAGAUAACUUCUGGCAGAAGCAGAGGACCAACUUUGGCAGCUCCAAGUUUGAAUUUGAGACAGUGAUGGUCUCUUUAGAGGGUUUAUCCAAGCUUGUGGACCCAUCCCAGCUGACUGCUGACUUCGAGGGCAGCUUAGAGUACAACCAUGAUGACUGGAUUGAGGUGCGGCUCUCAUUUGAGACCUUUGCCAGUGAUGCAGCACGGGCUCUGGCACGUCUUGAGGAGCUCCAGGAAACCUUGUCCCAGCGUGAUCUUCCACGGGACCUGGAGGGGGCUCGGCGGCUUAUGGAAGAACAUGCUGCACUGAAGAAAAGGGCAACUAAGGCCUCGGUAGAGGAGCUGGAUACACAGGGACGAAGGCUGCUCCAAAGGCUACAGUCACAAACUGCAGGGGGUGGGAGUAGUGGUGAAAGUGGGUAUGGUAACCGUGCUGGUGGAGCUAGUGGAGAUUCCAACGACCAUCAUCAUGGGUUCCAUACACAUGCGGACGCACACAACCUAGUGGCUAAAGUGACGGGCUUGUUGGAUAAACUGCAUGGGACACGCCAGAAUCUGCAGCAACUGUGGCACAUGAGGAAGCUGAAGCUAGACCAGUGUUUCCAGCUGCGUCUGUUUGAACAGGAUGCUGAGAAGAUGUUCGACUGGAUCAUGCACAACAAAGGGCUGUUCCUCACCAGUUAUACAGAGAUUGGAGCAAACCACCAGCAUGCUGUUGAGCUGCAGACCCAGCACAAUCACUUUGCUAUGAACUGCAUGAAUGUGUAUGUGAACAUCAAUCGGAUCAUGUCAGUAGGGAACCGGCUUCUGGAGUCAGGCCAUUAUGCCUCCCAGCAGAUCCAACAGAUCUCAGGCCAGCUGGAGCAGGAGUGGAAGGCCUUUGCUGCAGCACUGGAUGAGCGCAGCACCCUGUUGGAGAUGUCUGCCAGUUUCCACCAGAAAGCAGACCAGUACAUGAGUAAAGUGGAGCCGUGGUGCAAGGCAUGUGGUGAAGGAGAGCUGCCCUCUGAACUCCAGGAUCUGGAAGACACAAUCCACCAUCACCAGGGACUGUAUGAGCACAUUAGUACCGCAUACUCUGAGGUAAGUCAGGAUGGCAAGUCUCUGUUGGACAAGCUGCAGCGACCUUUGACCCCAGGAAGUGCUGAUUCACUGAUGGCAUCAGCUAACUACUCCAAAGCUGUACACCAUGUCCUGGACAUCAUCCACGAGGUGCUGCAUCACCAGAGGCAGCUGGAAAAUAUCUGGCAGCAUCGCAAAGUUCGCUUGCAUCAGCGACUGCAGCUGUGUGUCUUUCGGCAGGAUGUACAGCAAGUGCUGGACUGGAUAGAAAACCAUGGUGAGGCCUUCCUCAGUAAACACACUGGUGUUGGAAAAUCUUUGCACAGAGCUCGAGCUCUACAAAAGAGACAUGAAGACUUUGAAGAGGUUGCACAGAACACCUACACCAAUGCUGACAAGUUGCUAGAAGCCGCAGAGCAGCUGGCCCAGACAGGGGAAUGUGACCCAGAGGAAAUUUACCAAGCUGCCCACCAGCUAGAAGAUCGCAUCCAGGACUUUGUGAGACGUGUGGAACAGCGUAAAGUCCUGUUAGACAUGUCUGUUGCCUUCCACACACACGUCAAAGAGCUGUGGACAUGGUUGGAGGAGCUUCAGAAGGAGCUGCUGGAUGAUGUUUACGCAGAGUCGGUGGAAGCAGUGCAGGACCUGAUCAAACGUUUUGGCCAGCAGCAGCAGACCACGCUGCAGGCUACUGUCAAUGUCAUCAAGGAGGGAGAGGAUCUCAUACAACAACUCAGAGACUCAGCCAUCUCGAGCAACAAAACUCCCCACAACAGCUCCAUGGCCCACAUUGAGAGCGUCCUACAGCAGCUGGACGAGGCCCAGGGCCAGAUGGAGGAGCUGUUCCAGGAAAGGAAAAUCAAACUGGAGCUCUUCCUCCAGCUCCGCAUCUUUGAGAGGGAUGCAAUCGACAUCAUCUCAGACCUGGAGUCAUGGAAUGAGGAACUGUUGCAGCAGAUGAGUGAUUUCGACACAGAGGACCUGACACUGGCCGAGCAGAGGCUACAGCACCAUGCAGACAAGGCGCUUACAAUGAACAACCUCACCUUUGACGUCAUUCACCAGGGACAAGAGUUGCUGCAGUAUGUCACAGAGGUCCAGGCGUCAGGUGUGGAGCUGUUAUGCGACAGAGAUGUGGACAUGGCCACAAGGGUCCAGGACCUGCUGGAGUUUCUCCAUGAGAAGCAGCAGGAGUUGGACCUGGCAGCAGAGCAGCACAGGAGACAUCUGGAGCAGUGUGUCCAAUUAAGACAUCUACAAGCUGAAGUCAAACAGGUGCUGGGUUGGAUCCGUAAUGGGGAGUCCAUGUUGAACGCAGGUCUGAUCACAGCCAGUUCACUACAAGAAGCUGAACAGUUACAGAAAGAACAUGAGCAAUUCCAACAUGCAAUAGAGAAAACCCAUCAGAGUGCACUGCAGGUACAGCAGAAGGCUGAGGCCUUACUCCAGGCCAACCACUACGACAUGGAUAUGAUAAGGGACUGUGCUGAAAAGGUGGCAGAGCACUGGCAGCAGCUGAUGCUGAAAAUGGAGGACAGACUCAAGCUGGUUAAUGCUUCUGUAGCCUUCUACAAGACCUCUGAACAGGUGUGCAGUGUGUUGGAAAGCCUGGAGCAGGAGUAUAAAAGAGAAGAAGACUGGUGUGGUGGUGCUGAUAAACUGGGCCCUAAUAGUGAGUCUGACCAUGUGACUCCCAUGAUCAGCAAACAUCUGGAACAGAAAGAGGCCUUCCUCAAGGCCUGUACGUUAGCCAGGCGUAAUGCUGAUGUCUUCUUGAAGUACCUGCACCGAAACAGUGUCAAUAUGCCCGGCAUGUUGUCUCAUGUCAAAGCACCAGAGACUCAGGUUAAGAAUAUCUUGAAUGAGCUGCUGCAGAGAGAGAACAGAGUGCUCCACUUCUGGACCAUGAGGAAACGGAGGCUGGACCAGUGCCAGCAAUAUGUAGUGUUUGAACGCAGCGCCAAACAGGCCCUGGAGUGGAUCCAUGACACUGGGGAGUUUUACCUGUCCACACACACAUCCACCGGCUCCAGCAUUCACCACACACAGGAGCUGCUGAAGGAGCAUGAAGACUUCCAGAUCACAGCAAAGCAAACCAAAGAGCGGGUAAAACUGUUGAUACAGCUGGCAGAUGGGUUUUGUGAAAAGGGUCACGCCCAUGCCCUGGAGAUAAAGAAAUGGGUGUCCUCAGUGGACAAACGCUACAGGGACUUCUCUCUCCGCAUGGACAAAUACCGAACGUGCCUGGAAACGGCGCUUGGCAUUUCUUCCGACUCCAACAAGGCUAGUAAAGAGCUGCAACUAGACAUCAUCCCAGCUAGUGCUCCGGGGUCAGAGGUCAAGUUGAGGGAUGCUCUAAAGCACCUGACCACUUUCUUCCUCCUCUCACAAUGUGCACGUCUUUUCAGAUUUAUAAUGGCAGAGCUGAUUCAAACAGAGAAAGCCUACGUCAGAGACCUACAGGAGUGUUUGGAUACAUACCUGUGGGAGAUGACCAGUGGCGUGGAGGAGAUUCCUCCUGGUAUUGUAAACAAGGAACACAUCAUAUUUGGAAACAUGCAGGACCUCUACGAAUUUCACCACAAUAUUUUCCUGAAGGAGCUGGAGAAGUAUGAGCAGCUUCCAGAGGAUGUUGGCCAUUGUUUUGUGACCUGGGCCGAUAAGUUCCAGAUGUAUGUGAACUAUUGUAAGAACAAGCCAGACUCCACUCAGCUCAUCCUGGAGCAUGCUGGACCCUACUUUGAUGAAAUCCAGCAAAGGCAUCGUCUUGCCAACUCCAUUUCUUCUUACCUGAUCAAACCAGUCCAGAGAAUCACAAAGUACCAGCUGCUUCUCAAGGAGUUGUUGACAUGCUGUGAGGAAGGAAAAGGAGAGAUCAAGGAUGGUCUUGAAGUGAUGCUCAGUGUCCCCAAGAAAGCCAACGAUGCCAUGCACCUCUCAAUGCUGGAAGGUUUUGAUGGGAACAUUGACUCCCAGGGAGAGUUGAUACUCCAGGAGUCCUUCCAGGUGUGGGAUCCCAAGACACUUAUACGUAAGGGUCGUGACCGACACCUCUUCCUCUUUGAAAUGUCCCUGGUCUUCAGCAAAGAAGUCAAAGACUCCAACGGGCGCAGCAAAUACCUUUACAAGAGCAAGCUGUUUACAUCAGAGCUUGGAGUGACAGAACACGUGGAGGGAGAUCCUUGUAAGUUUGCCCUGUGGGUGGGCAGGACGCCAUCCUCAGACAACAAGAUUGUCCUCAAGGCUGCAAGCAUCGAGAACAAGCAGGACUGGAUCAAACACAUUCGAGAGGUCAUCCAGGAGCGAAUUGUUCAUUUGCGUGGAGCUCUGAAAGAACCCAUCCACAUCCCUAAAGCCACCACAACUAAACAUAAAGGCAGACGGGAUGGAGAGGAGCUGGACAGCCAGGGAGAUGCCAGCAGCCAACCGGAUACUAUCUCCAUCGCCUCACGGACUUCCCAGAACACACUGGACAGUGAUAAGCUCUCCGGUGGCUGUGAGUUAACUGUGGUGAUCCAUGACUUUGUGGCCAGUAAUGGCAGCAGCAGUGGGGAGCUGACGGUGCGCAGAGGCCAGACUGUGGAGGUUCUGGAGCGACUCCACGACAAGCCGGACUGGUGCCUGGUGCGGACCACAGACCGCUCUCCAGCCCAGGAGGGCAUCGUACCCUGCUCUAUACUCUGUAUUGCUCACUCCAGGUCCUCCAUGGAGAUGGAAGGACUCUUCAACCACAAAGACACCUUGUCUGUGUCCAGUAACGACGCCCUGCAGCCAGGCUCCAGUCAUACUCUGGGCCCUCACAGCUCACCAGGCCCCAAACGUCCUGGGAAUACUCUAAGGAAGUGGCUGACCAGCCCUGUACGGCGGCUGAGCUCCGGCAAAGCUGACGGCCACGUCAAAAAGCUCGCUCACAAGCACAAGAAGAACCGUGAUGGCACAAGGAAGAAUAUGGACAUGAUUCCCGGCUCGCAGAAGGACUCUGAUGACAGCGCUGCCACGCCGCAGGACGAGACACUGGAGGAACGUAUGCGUAAUGAGGGGCUGAGCAGUGGCACCCUGUCUAAGUCUUCUUCAUCAGGCAUGCAGAGCUGCGGCGAGGAGGAAGGAGAGGAGGGGGCUGACACAGUCCCUCUGCCUCCCCCUAUGGCCAUCCAGCAACACAGCCUGCUGCAGCCCGACUCCCAGGAUGAUAAGUCUGCAUCUCGUCUGUCCACUCGUCCCAGUAGCUCAGAGACACCCAGUGCUGCUGAACUGGUCAGUGCCAUCGAAGAGCUGGUGAAGAGUAAGAUGUCUCUGGAGGAUCGUCCCAGUUCUCUGUCAGUAGAGCAGGGCGACAGCAGCUCUCCCUCCCUCAACCCCUCUGACAACUCCCUCCUCUCCUCCUCCUCACCCAUCGAUGAGGUGGACGAGCGCAAGUCCGGCUUCCUCAAGAGGCUACAUUAUGUGCUUCUGGAGCUGGUGGAAACUGAGAGAGACUAUGUGAGAGACCUAGGAUCAGUGGUGGAGGGCUACAUGAGCAGGAUGAAAGAGGAAGGAGUUCCAGAUGACAUGAGAGGAAAAGACAAGAUUGUUUUUGGAAACAUCCAUCAGAUCUAUGACUGGCACAAAGACUUUUUCCUGGGAGAGCUUGAGAAGUGCUUGGAGGAUCCUGACAGGCUGGCUCCUUUGUUUGUCAAACAGGAGCGGAGGCUACACAUGUACAUCGUGUACUGUCAGAACAAGCCGAAGUCUGAGCACAUUGUUUCUGAAUACAUUGAUACAUACUUUGAAGACCUUAAGCAGCGAUUGGGUCACAGAUUACAGCUCACUGACCUGCUAAUCAAACCUGUGCAACGCAUAAUGAAGUACCAGCUACUACUGAAGGAUCUUCUCAAAGUUUCUAAGAAGGCUGGAGUGGACACAACAGAGCUGGAGAAGGCUGUGGAGGUGAUGUGUGUUGUCCCCAAGCGCUGUAAUGACAUGAUGAAUGUUGGGCGUCUUCAAGGCUUCGAUGGUAAAAUUAUAGCUCAGGGUAGAUUGCUCCUCCAAGACACCUUCAUAGUUUCUGACCAGGAUGGAGGACUUCUGUCCAGGAUGAAAGAGAGGAGAGUCUUCCUAUUUGAGCAGAUUGUCAUUUUCAGCGAGCCCCUAGACAAAAAGAAGGGCUUCUCUACUCCUGGCUACCUCUUCAAGAAUAGCAUCAAAGUAAGCUGGUUGGGUCUAGAAGAACAUGCAGAUGACCCCUGCAAGUUCACACUUACUUCCAGAUCAUCUAGUGGUAACCUGGAGAAGUACACCCUCCAUUCAACGAGCCCUGGAGUCAGUCAAGUCUGGGUCUACCAAGUCAGCCAGAUAUUGGAGAACCAGCGCAAUUUCCUCAAUGCUCUCACAUCACCCAUAGAGUACCAGAGGAACCAUGUGGGUGGUGGUGGGCCAAGUGGUCCACCCAGUAGUAGCAGCAGCAGUACUGGAGGCCUGCCCGGGGGCAGCAGCUCCAAUAGUACCUCCAACAUGGGAGGUGGAGGUGGUGGCGGUGGAGGAUCAGGGGGCAGCUCCUCUUCUCUGUGUGGCCCCCGCUCCCGGCCCUCCCGCAUCCCUCAGCCAUCCUCACGCCUCCCCCAGCCCGUCCACCACCACCACCCCCCGGGCCCUGAGGGGCCCGACAGGUCAGCAGGUAUGUGGUCACCUUGCCACCCUCAGUCCCCUCAGUCCCUCUCCUCUAAACCCUACUCAGACAGUGCCACAAAUGGAGAGCUGUUAGCUUCAGAAGCCCCUAAGUUAAGGAGGCUGGAUAGUAUUCAUGGAAGUAAUAGUAAUAACAGUAAUAGGGCAUCAGGCAACAUGGAGGGAAGUGUCAGACAGACACUGGGAAGCUAUGAGGAAACUCAGAAACAUCAAGCUGCUGGAAUACCACAAAUGGCUGUGGCUCCUCUGAAUUUGACCCUAAGAAGCCCUCGAGUUGGGACAGUCUCUCCUCUGAUUUCACCACAGUCCCCUGGAGGAGGAGGAAAGGAAUCAUUUGUCCCCUCCAGCCCAGCUCAUAAAGGCAACACUUUCUGGGCUAUGAUCCCUGCUAUGCCUCCAUCUCCUGCCAGCUGGUCUGGUUCCUUCUCUUACCCCAGUGAUAGUGGUAGUGGAGGGGAAUCUUUGGGCAGAGGAAGCCACGGGAUGCCUUCUCAUCACCGCCACUCCACUCACAGUAAGGACAUAGACCGCAUGAGCACCUGCUCCUCCACCAGCGAGCAGUCCAUACACUCCACCCAGAGCAACGGGAGUGAAAGCAGUAGCAGCAGCAGUGUCUCCACCAUGUUGGUGACUCAGGACUAUGUGGCAGUGAAGGAGGAUGAGAUCAGUGUGGUGCAGGGUGAGGUGGUCCAAAUACUGGCCAGCAACCAACAGAAUAUGUUCCUGGUGUAUCGGGCAGCCAACGAGCAUUGCCCUGCGGCUGAGGGCUGGAUCCCUGGUUACGUAUUAGGACAUACCUCAUCCUCCUUCACACCCGAAUUCCCUGAAGGAACUAUCAAAAAAUCAUUAUCAUGGCAUACAGCACUCCGUAUCCGCCGAAAAUCUGAAAAAAGAGACAAAGAAGGCAGAAAAAUGGAGAACGGCUACCGCAAGUCUCAGGACAGCCUGGCCAACAAAGUCUCUGUCAAGCUUCUAAAUCCAAACUUCAUCUAUGAUGCUCCUCCAGAGUUCCUCAUCCCCAUGAGCGAUGUAGCAUGUGAAAGUGGCGACAGUGUUACUCUGAGAUGCAAAGUGUGUGGUCGACCCCGGGCCACUGUCACCUGGCGGGGACCUGACAAUGACGCUCUGAGCAGCAAUGGACACUACAGCAUCACUUACAGUGAGACAGGAGAGGCAGCCCUGCGUAUCCUGGGAGUGUCUGUCGACGACAGUGGUGUGUACACCUGUGUUGCUACAAAUGUAGCAGGCUCUGUCACCUCCUCCGCUAACCUUCAAGUCUCAGGCACUCCUGAUGAUGGCAGUGAAGUUCUCUGGAAAAGAAGCUUUGAGUCCUGCUACACAGAGAUCAAUGAACUAGGAAGGGGCCGGUUCUCAGUGAUUAAGCGGUGUGACCAGAGAGAGAGUAAGUGUACAGUAGCAGCAAAACACAUUAACAAGAAGCUGCUGCGUCGGGAUCAGGUGCUACAGGAGAUCAGACUCCUACAGAAUCUGGACCAUCCCAACCUGGUCAAGCUGCUGGACACAUAUGAGACAGCCAACAGCUACAUACUUGUACUAGAGAUGGCAGACCAGGGACGUUUCCUGGACUAUAUAGUGAGCUGGGGUAACCUGACUGAGGAGAAAGUAGCUCUGUACCUCAGACAUAUUCUUGAAGCUCUUCACUACCUGCACAGCUGGAGGAUUGCACACCUUGAUCUCAAACCCGAGAACAUUAUGGUGGAACAUGCGUCAUCCCAGCCGGUAAUCAAGCUGACAGAUUUUGGUGAUGCCGUUCAGCUAACCCCUCCCUGCUCCUACAUCCAUCCUGUCAUGGGGAGUCCAGAGUUCUCUGCCCCGGAGCUGGUCCUGGGCCAGCCUGUCUCACUGAUGUCUGAUCUCUGGAGCUUAGGGGUGGUAACCUACGUUGUACUAAGCGGUGCCUCUCCCUUCCUGGAUGAGAGUUUGGAGGAGACGUGUCUGAACAUCUGUCGCCUGGACUUCAGCUUCCCUGAGGACUACUUCCAGGGUGUGAGCCCAGCUGCCAGGGACUUUGUGUGCCUGCUGCUUCAGGGCGAGCCUGAACGAAGGCCCUCUGCAGCGUCCUGCCUGCAGGAGCCUUGGCUCCAACCUCGAAGUGGAAUAAACAGAGACACUGGGCAUGCCACCUUAAAUCACUCUCAACCGCCAUCUCAGAGUCACACCACAACACAUCUGGACACCUCCAGACUCAUCUCCUUCAUCGAGAGACGGAAACAUCAGAAUGAUGUCCGGCCCGUUGGCACCAUUAAGGCCUUCCUACACAGUCGCCUGCUUAACCACGUCUGACUGACAGGUCACUAGGUAAAUAUAA